ACGAAAGUAACGUUUAGGAGGGGCAAUAAGGUCCAUUGAAACCCACCCCUAAUUGGUAUUCCCCUGUAACGUCGCAACGCAAAGCAAAUUGUUGUCCAUUUUUGAAACAGAGAAACAAAAAAAAAAAAAAAACUCUUCCAAAGUAGAGGCAGAGAAUCUGAAAGCUAGGGUUUGGGAUGCCGAAGAACAAGGGAAAGGGAGGAAAGAACCGGAAGCGCGGUAAGAACGAGGCGGACGACGAGAAGCGGGAGCUGGUAUUCAAGGAGGACGGACAGGAAUACGCGCAGGUUCUCCGAAUGCUCGGAAACGGUCGCUGCGAAGCGAUGUGCAUCGACGGCACCAAGCGCCUCUGCCACAUCCGCGGCAAGAUGCACAAGAAGGUCUGGAUCGCCGCCGGCGACAUCAUCCUCGUCGGCCUCCGCGACUACCAGGACGACAAGGCUGACGUCAUCCUCAAGUACAUGCCCGAUGAGGCCCGCCUCCUCAAGGCCUACGGCGAGCUUCCCGACACCACCAGGCUCAACGAGGGCAUCGGCGCCGGCCUUGAUGAGGAGGAGGACGGUUCCGGGAAUGAUUAUAUUGAGUUCGAGGAUGAGGAUAUUGAUAAGAUUUGAAACAAAUACAAAUAAUUAGGGUUUUGGUUUUGGUUGCUGUUGACCUUGCUCUUUCCUUUUUUUUGCUUUUUUGUUUUUGCUUGAGAUUCUAUAAAAAAUUGUUAUCAUGUGGUGAUGAAUUAACUGUAUGUUCUUUUUUAUGCUGUUGUCUCACUGUACUGUGGCACAUGGAUAUGGUGAAUGGAUUUCAAUGAAUUAAGAGCCGGUUAUAUGGUGUUAUAGUUACUA